AUGCAGUUAGGAGGCGGGUUCAUCAUUGACGAUCUGUCGACGGUGUUUGACUUGGAUGACACUGACGGUCGUCCAACAGAUACGCAGCCUACGAACAACACGGAUGGUACUCGUCUGGACACGGUUGCUACACCGAACGCGCUGAGCAGCAAGCAAGAAGCCAAGUUGCGAUCGUUCCUCGAUGCUGCACUGGAAAACAUCACUCGAGGCUACCGCAAACGAUUUGAUGCAAGCUCGAGCUUGCAUAGCUUGACGAGCUAUGUGCGCGAGUGGCUGAGAGUGCUCAGUGUGCUGGCGCAUAUUCCACCGUAUGGAAGUGGUAGCACCAACUUGCUCGUCUCGUACCUGCUGCGAUGUUCGACUGAGUUCAGCGAAGGAAUCACGGGGUAUAGCCUCGCAAUGGAAUUCGAGGCGAUGAAAAACAAGCGCAAGCGAACGCGGGAGCACGUCGACAAGCCAGAUGGCGCUCAUAUGGAACACAAGCAAAGCGACAAGGACCGAGACUACGACGACCAAGACUGGGACGAGGAACAAGAGAGGCAACAUCUGAUUGCAUCUCGUACAAAGCAGCUCAACCUGGCUCUCCAAACACUCGACUUUGUCGACAGAAUAUGGGUCGCUGUCCUCAGAGGCAACCUCAUCAACGUUGACGUCGCUCUGAGCAACGCAAGAAAAGCGUUUCCAGAUUCUCCAGAUACGACACAAGACCAACUCGCGCACCACUCGCGCAUUUCUCACACCAUCCUUUCGACAAGCAGCCUUGUACCUUCUCCCGCCAUCGACGGACGGUUCGUAUCCGGCGUGUCCUCGUCUCGCAGUGCGCAAGCUCGAGAAAGCCUGCCAAUUCACGGUGGUCGAGCCAACAAAACUGUCGGGGUGACCGACCAAGUUCGACUGCGCAACAUUGCGAUUUGUUCGCGAGAAAAGUUGUUCUCCUGGAUGCGAGCUGAGCUGGAUGCGCCGCCUCCACCGACCAUGCAAGAGGAUGAGCAGAACGAGUUGAGCGAUAGCACGUUGCCAGGAGUGCUAGAGGACGAGCAAGAUGCCGACACGGGUGAUGAUGCAACGCAAGAAGCUGACGAUGAUCGUGAUUUCGAAGACGUUGCUAUCGGCGACGACCAAGUGGACAAUAGAGCCGGUUACGACGUUGAACAAGAUACCGAGGAGCAUCAACACUACCAGCACGUUUUUGAUCGAAAACUCGAUCCGGAUGCAGACGACGAUGCAGAUGACGUACAAGAAGCUGCAGGCCAAGCGUCAGAUCAGAUGCUCGGUGCGUCGGUGCUCGGGACGGUCGAGGCUGUUGCUUGCAGCGAAACGCACGACAAGCGCCGGCAUUCCAGCGACUCGUCGGUAGAGUCACGGAUCCAAGAACCUCGAGCUGAGGCGCUACCGAGCAAACGACGCCGAAGAGCGAGUCCAGCUGUGCAUACUGACGUGCACAUCGCCAAUGCCAACGCCAAAGUCACUCGUUCCGAGACGCGUUCCAUCAACUUGAACCUCUCCGACACCAUCGCCCAGUGGGACGUUGCUUUCACUCGUCUCUUCUCAAGAACCUUACGCACGCUCAGCGAUCUAUCAGACUCUGCAAAGCGUGCAGACAAGACCGACUUAGCAUCCAGUCCAGCAUAG